AGUUUUCUUUUCCGUUUUCUGCAAUUUCACUUAUGAUACCAAGCAGUACGUGGCUGCUGUUUUGGAAACUCCCCUUGUGGGGGGGACCCUUCUACUGGCCUGACUCUAUAAAAGGGCCAGCCUCAGCUUCAGAAGAUCCCCACCGAGGUUCCUGAGACAGCCGGUGGCUCUCACGCAGCCUCCACCCGCAGGUACCAUGAAGGUCUCCGCAGCUACCUUUGCAGUCCUCCUUGCCACCGCCGCCUUCUGCGCUCCUGCCUCUGCCUCCCCAUAUGCCUCGGACACCACCCCCUGCUGCUUUGCCUACAUCUCCCGCCGACUGCCCUUCACCCACAUCCAGGAGUAUUUCUACACCAGCAGCAAGUGCUCCAUGCCAGCGGUCGUCUUUGUCACCCGGAAGCACCGCCAAGUGUGUGCCAACCCACAGAAGAAAUGGGUGCGGGACCACAUCAACUCUUUGGAGAUGAGUUAGGAUGGAGGGCGUCUUAAACCUGAACUCAUGCAAACUUCCCUAGUGCUUCUUGUUCUUGUCCUAACCAGCUUGGAAAACUCCCCCCAAACCCCUACUCCCACUUCCCCCAGG